AUGUUGUCUCGCUCCUGUUUCGGGUUAGCAAACUACGCCGGGUUCAGGCAUAAUUUUGAUCCUCUGCCCAAACAAUCUCCUGCUCGGGAAAUCCCCAAAGCAGACCCAUCGCCGUCGCGGCUGUUUUGUCGCCGGGGGAGAGCGUGAUCAUCAAUGAGAAGAUGACGGGAAAUCUGAAAUCCGCUCGCGACCGUGCCUUCGAGAGUUCAGAGAGACCGUCCAAAAUAGGGAAGAGCGAGUGCUCCGGUGACGAAGGAGGAGCAGAAGAAGAAUCGCAGCAGCCACGGGAAUCAGGCGUUGUAAGUCGGCCCAUGAACCAAAACCCUCGAGCACAGCGCUACUUGGUAGCAAUUGAGUACAUUGGGACUCGGUUUUCGGGAUCGCAGAAGCAGCCUAAUUGCAGAACGGUUGUCGGCGUUCUUGAGGAGGCUUUCCAUAAGUUCAUUGGUCAGCCAGUUUCAGUCUUCUGUUCUAGUAGAACCGAUGCAGGAGUCCACGCUCUGUCCAAUGUUUGCCAUGUAGACGUGGAACGGAUCAGCAAAAGAAAGCCUGGUGAAGUGUUGGCGCCUCAUGAACCUCUAGUGGUCAGGCGAGCUGUGAACCAUUUUUUGCAGAAAAGUGAAGGUGAUAUAUCGGUUAUUGAUGUUCAAUGCGUUCCGGCUGAUUUCCAUGCUAGAUAUAGAGCUUGUGAGCGAACAUACUUCUAUCGGCUGUUUUCCGGGCCAGAGCCUCUCUCAACUUUUGAGAAGGAAAGAGCAUGGCAUGUAACAGAUGAGCUAAAGCUUGUUUCUAUGCAGGAAGCAUGCAAAGUUCUCGUUGGAGAACACGACUUUAGUUCUUUCAGGGCAUCGGGUUGCCAGGCCAACUCACCUAUCAGGACUCUAGAUGAGCUUAAUGUCUCUGAAGUGGUCUCGUCUCCAUAUUUCCCUUCUAUGGUGGAAAGAAGAGUUGAAAGCACGAAUGAAGUGACUGAUCUUGGAUUUGGUAUGAGGAAAAAGCAUCGAUGUCUAGUGGUAACAGCACGUGCUCGGUCUUUCCUCUACCACCAGGUUAGACUGCUAGUUGGUGUUCUUAAAUCCGUCGGCAUGGGAGACUUAACUAGUUCUGAUGUUGAAAGAAUUUUGAACGCAAAGGACGUGACGUCAGCAAGUCCAAUGGCUCCUGCAUGUGGUCUCUACCUUGGGCAUGUGAAGUAUGAUCUGCCCUGAUUCCAUCUGGGCCUGCCAGUUAAUGAGGAUUUGGUUUGUAUUAUGGUGCUGGAAACUUCAAUGCUCAUUAGCUUUUAACGAAUGAUAGAAAGUGGUCCUCUAUUCUCUGCAGCAUGUGGAAAAGAUGGACGUUUGAAGGGCAAUGAAGGGUCGGUACGCAAAGAAACCUGCUGGGCUGAAAUGCAGGGUUGACAAUUGCUGCACGUGCAAGUGCAUGAUGCUUUUUCGCUGCAUAGUCUCCCAUUUCUAAAGAGAACCUUACUGCUUGGCGGCAGUCAUUUUCUCACUUCCACAUUCAAACAUGUUAUCGCAGGCUUAAAAGCAUUAUCUUGUUGGUCGGGUUCGAACAGGAUGGUAAUUUUCCUCUUUCUUUGGCUCACCAAAGCUUUUUCGAUGGUUGGUUGGAUACAUACCCUUGUUUUCAUCGAUCAAAAGUCUGCCAUUUGCUUUCUAGAUGUUGUACUGACUAAUCACAAAAUGGGAACAGCCAAUUAUGUAUGGGUUCAUCAAGAGCAUGAAUGGGUUGUACAUGCUUUGGCCCAAGGAAAGAGAGAAGAAAAAGGCUUGGACAUGCAA